AUGUUCAUCAGAAGUCUCCUCCAGGCAUCAGCCCUCCUCCCCUUCAUCUCCACAUCAGCACAAACCACAACAGCAUGCAACAACUCGCCCUCAUUAUGUAGCCGCGCCUACAACAACAUCACCCACCUCGGCGCCCACGACUCGCCCUUCGUCCGCGACAAAUCCACAUCCUUCUCCACCUCCGGCAACCAAUACUACAACUCAACCGUCCAGCUCGACGCCGGCGUCCGCCUCCUCUCCGCCCAAGUCCACAAGAACAGCUCCGCCACCGGGGAAGACGAAUGGCACCUCUGCCACAGCACUUGCGACCUCCUCGACAUGGGAUCCCUCACGUCGUGGCUCAAAGAAAUAAAAACCUGGAUGGACGCGGACGCCAACAAAAACGAAGUCGUAACCGUCCUCAUCGUAAACUCAGACGACGCCACAGCCUCAGAUCUCGGCGCCCAAUUCGCCUCCUCAGGCAUAGACGACUACGCCUACACCCCCGCCUCGACCUCCGUGCCCAAAACCUGGCCUACCUUGGAAUCCCUCAUCAGCAACGGCACGCGGUUGAUGACGUUCGUAGCAAGCUUAAAAGAGACGAGCACCCAGUAUCCGUAUUUGAUGGACGAAUUUACCUACGUCUUCGAAAACGACUUCGAGAAUGAAUCGCCUACGAAUUACAUGCACGCCUGA